CACUGCGGCAGACAUAUCAUACAAUAAAACUGUUCCAUCUGAGCUUGGGAGGAGGCUGAAGCUUCCCCUGCUCAGGCAAAUGUUUGCAAUAAUAGAAUUCAUAAAAAGACAGAUGGGAGUAAAAAAUGUUGCAAUGAAGAAUCUGGAAUGAGAUGAGAUCACAGCAUCGGCCUGUCUUUUGUGGACCUGGACAAUGAUCACAGAGGCAGAUUGGAUUAGGGAAACCUCUUGACUGGAAGUUCAGAGCAGUCGCCAGAUAAAGGACACGCUUCAGGGAGAGACGGCUGAAAUAAAAUGCAUCAGAUUUACAGCUGCAGCGAUGAAAAUUUAGAAGUUUUCACCACUGUGAUUUCAUCCAAAGUGUCCAGUCCAGCCAGAAGAAAAGUCAAAAUCUCACAACAUCUUUUGACCAAAAGCGUGGUAGCAGUAACUGAUUAUCACAUCCAUGGGCCUCUAGAGCUUCUGCCCCACAGGAAUGAUCGACUUCAGGUCUUUUGCAGAGAAAGUGAAGAAAGGAGGUUUGGCCGCCUCCAGAAUGGGCAACAAGGACAGCCCCUGGCCAAAACCAUGACCAGACAUGUGGGAAUUUCUGAACCCAAACCAUUAAUUUUAUGUGGGAAUCGAGCAUAUGGAAAAUCUCUGAUAUCCCAGACCUCACUACCCAUGCCCAGGAUCACCAUGAAACAACCUCCUGUGAAUGAAGUAAUAGCAACAGAAGAAAAUGACCAAACUCUGACAAAGGAACCUAGAAGACUGGCCAGGAAGAUGCCUGAAGAUGAUUCAGCCUUUUCCCAGGGAGCAGGAGCCUCUGUACCACUGACAGGCAGAACUAGCUGUGGCACUCCCAAUAUCCUUCGGAAAAUGUGGAUGAAGCACAAAAAGAAGUCAGAAUACUUGGGAGCCACAAACUGCGCCUUUGAGGCUGACUGAAAGGUGAUCUUUCCUCCUGGAGCUGCUCAGUUCUCCAAAUUUGGGAUUGCUUUGGCAAUGGCAAUGGUCCUUUCCAGCUCCAAAUACUAAGAUCCCCAAUAACACAAUAAUUCAAGGUAUUGAGUCACACCCUCCUCUCCUAGUGGAUAAUUCAAAACAUACCAUUAUUUCUCCCUUUUCACAAAUAUGCCUCCUUUGAGAUAGAGGAACAGAAUUUACCCCAAAGACAAGGUAUUUCUUCUUAGAAGCAGUCAUAAACUUAAAAAUUUUUUUUUGACUUGAUGUGUAUUGCAUCCAUGUUUUCUAGCACAAUUUUCAUGCAAACUCCUUCCUGUUUUCAAAGACAUUCAUAGGAGGUCUCCUCUUUUCUAGUCUAUCAUCUAUACAAUAAGAAAGUUGGGUUAGAUCAAGAGUCCUUAGUCUAAGGUCUUUGACCUUUUUAAAACAAAUACAUAUAUUUUGAUAACCUAUAUUUCAACAUUUUCAGUUUCCUUUGUAAUUCUAUGUAUUUUAUUUUAUGAGCAGCUAGGUGGUACAAUGCCUACUAUGGUCAAAUCAUCUUGACCUGCCUCAGUUUCCUUAUCUGUAAAAUGAGCAGGACAAGGAAAUGGCAAACUAAUCUAGUAUCUUUACCAAGAAAACUCCAAAUGGGGUCAAAAAAUCAAGACAACUAAAAAAUGACUCAACAACAAUAAUAUCCGGAGGUAUCCGUUGAUUUUAUGAGCUACCAAAGGGAACCUUGACACAAAAUAAGUAAUGAUAAAAUAACCCCAGGAUUAGAUGAUUGAGUUCUAAGGUCCUUAACUUCUCUCUGCUCUGCUAAAACUGCUCCUGACUCUGAUGUCAUGAUAAGAGAUGGAUGUUGAGUCACCAGUGAAGCACAAUGGUCCUUUCUAUGCCUCUUACCACAUCCACUUGUUUAUUGAAUUCUUUUUAAUGAGUAUUCAUAACUGGUAUGAUAAAGUACCAAAAGAUAUUCCUUUAUUAAUUCCCAUAUCAGCUUCAGUCGUCAUCAAGAUAUUUCUGUCAGGACUUUGGAAUCAUAGUAUGUGUGAAUACUUUAUUCUUUUAUGUGUAAGACAUUCUGGAAGAAUGACUAAGAAAUAUGUGCUAUUCCAAAGCAUCACAGUCUAGUAGGAAAAAAAAAUCUUAUAUUUAUAUAGAGCUUUUAACUUUCCAAAGUGUUUUCAUAUACAUUAUUUCAUUUCAUCCACUCCUAAUUCUUUAGGCAGGAAGGGUGAGUCUUAAUAUCCCUAUUUUACAGAUGGGAAAACUGAGGCACAAAGUUUAUUUAAAUGACUUACUUGCCCACAAAUCAAAUUCAGUCACCCAUCAAUCAGCAAUUUACUCAUCUAAUGGAACUUGAAACCAGUCCCCAAUAUUCUUUCCUUGAUAUCAUGCUAUCAUGUCUUUGUCUAAGCUCUAUAACCUAAUUGUAUAUAUGACCUUGGUCCUGUCAUUGGCUGUGUGUGUGUGUGUGUGUGUGUGUGUACAUGCACCUCUUUUCCCUUCCUGCAAAAUGGAGAAAAUAACACCUGCUCCCUUAAUAUUUCAUUGUAUGCUGCAAGAGUAAAUAAGGUCAUUUUUGCAAACACUUCUUCAGUGUAAGUUAUUAUAUUGUAAGUUCCCUUUUGGAAACAAGUAAAAACUUGGAGUAAAAUAAAGUGAUUAAAAAGAACCCAAUCAAAGAUUUCUAGCUUAAACAAAUAAACUGAUAUGUCUUUAAUGAUCACGCUAAAAUAUGGUUUCUUAAACUGAGGUCCACGAAUUUGUUUCUCUUUUUUAAAAUAUUUUGAUAACUAUUUUUCAAUUUCCCUGGUUAUUUCAUAAUCCUAUAUAUUUUAUGUCAUGUAUUUAAAACAUUAUAGUGAGGAAUCUAUAAGCUUCACCAGACUACCAAAGGGGUCCAUGGCACAAAAAAGCUUAAGAAGCUCUAAACUAUAUUCUCCAGAUUUUUAGAAGCAUACGUAACCUUUCUUUUUGAUCCCAAUUCCUUUUCUUUCUCCUUUGGGGCAAUACUCCUGAGUUACAAUAUUAACUAGAGAUUAAUGUAAUAUAUAUAAGACCCUAUUCCCAGGAGCCAGGAAAACUUCUUUAAACUAUAUAUCAAACUCCUCUGCCUCCCAAAAAUAUUGAAAUAUUUUUAAAUGCUUUCUGUUAUGUGUUUAUUUAAAACACACAAAUAUAUAUGUUAAAUUAUAUGUAUACAUGUGUGUGUAUUUAUAUGCACAUAUAGUUCUUCAGGUUUAAAACUUAUCUUUGACCAAAGAAAACAAAUCACUUUU